GCUUUGAUAUUUACUCACAGCAUUCUUUAGCUUGACAAUAUAAGCCUUCGAGUACUUCUUUCUUUUUCUCAAUAUCUUGUAUUCUUUCCUCUGUUAACGCCAUGAUCUUUUUGUUCUGAGGAUCUUCGGAAUUCAUUUUAGUUAGAAAGAUCAACUCCAGUCAAAACACACACCACAGAUUACACACAGAGUUCUACAAUUGCAGUGAGCGAAGGGUUGCCAACUGCAACAUAAAAUAUGCUUAACGCGUAUUCAAGACCUGUAUCAACUAUGGUAUAUACAGCAGCGGCACCAGUUGCAGUGCAUAAUCAAAAAAUACAAUUAUAGCUACUGUAAUUCUUAUAAAACGAAACAGAUCAGUGAGUGGUUGUGGUGACCACAGUCAAUUAUCAAUAUCAUUCCAAGAGCUAGUGAACACUGUUGUCAAACCUGCCUAAUUUGGCGGUAAAAUAUCUGAAUUUCGUCUGCACUCAGCGGGAGCAGAAAUCAAGAAAGCAGACAACACAGAAGAAAAUGUCCCGGCGGACUUUGCGUGAAAGGAAUUGUCCGAAAGAAUGUGUUGUUCUUGUUGAGGAUGUGAUGAAGUCACAAUUUAAGAAAAGCAGUAAGAAAAACAAAGCAAAAGUUGCAAAAGAUGUUGGCCCAUUGUGUCCCACCUUUGACAAGGAAGAAUGGGAAAAUGAUUUUGCAGCAUUUCCAGAAGGACUUGGGGGUACCUAUCAUGUUGAUCCACUAGUUAUGCUACAAGAAAGCGAACAGUUUCAGCAUAUUUCAGAAGAAUGUGAAUGUGAAGUAGAACAAGAGUUAACAAAGAAUAUACUCUGUAGACAAGAUGAAAUUAGAAGAAUUUUAGGUCUCAUAGGCCAGUGUAAAAAUCAGUUACCCCAAAGCAUAUUUAUUUAUGGACAUUCUGGAACAGGAAAGUCAUUUGUACUGCAAAACAUACUCGACAAGCUGAAAUAUAGACAUGUUGUCAUUGAUUGUGUCCAAUGUUAUAUGCCAAAAUUACUCUACAUGAGCAUUCUGAAUGCUGUUGCAGAACAUCAUAUGACUGUUGAUAAUAACUAUGAACCAUAUGCAUCUUGUGACAAUAUUUUGGACUUUACUUUAAAUCUCAAGGCAGCAAUGAAGUGCAACAGUUUUAUUAUUGUCCUCGAUAAAUGCGAAAGAUUGCGUGAUAUGUCAAAAACCAUAUUGCCAGCUUUUAAUCGUUUGAAGCAGUUGACUGGCUUGAAUGUGUGUGUUAUUUUUUUGAGCAACAUUAUUCCUGAAAAAUUCCACUCAGCAAAAGGAUACUUUGAAACAAUUCCAGUACACUUCAAGCAGUAUACUAAAGAUGAAAUCUUCCAAAUUCUGUCUGUAAACCAUCCAUGGACAGAAAAGGAAAGUCUAUACAAGAACUAUUUAAAAUUAUUUUUGGGUGUAUUUUAUGGAUCCUGCAGAGAUUUGUGUGAACUUAAAUACAUGGUUAAUUCAAAUUUCUUCAAGCAUUCACAGUCAAUGGUCGCAGGCACUUCAGAAAUGCACAAACUGUGGCAGGUAGUCAUGCCUCACCUCAAAAGCAGCCUGGAAUACCUCUAUCAGAGAACUGCCAUGUGGACGGAAUAUGAAAAUGACUUCUCACUAGCAGGUAAUACAGCUGCCAAUAGAGGACUUGGAAAUCGUGAUCAGCUGUCUUCUCAGGAAUUUGCGCUAAGUUUUGAGCUGCCGUAUUAUACCAAAUACUUUCUCAUUGCUGCUUAUUUGGCAUCAUACAUUCCCUCAAAACUGGAUAAAGCUCUCUUUAUGAAACGGAAAGAUAAGAAGAAGAAAAAGAGAAUCAACAGAUCUAAAAAUGACAUCCUAAGUGACAUGCUUUUAGGACCAAAACCAUUCACGGUGGAUAGACUGUUGGCUAUAUUUUAUUCAAUUGUUCAAGAUGAGGUCAGCUUCACAGUAAAUCUUUCUGUGCAGAUUUCAUCUUUGGUCAAGCUCAGGCUUCUGAUUAUGGUAAACAGUAACAUUGACUGUCCAAAAUAUAAAUGUGCUGUUGGUUUGGAUUUCAUAAAAAUAAUUGCUAGAACAGUCAAUUUUGAUAUUGUAAAAUACUUGUUUCCAUCAAAUUGAAGUGUGACAGAAGAGAGAUAUUUAAAUAUUAUUAUAAAAGUCAACAAAAUUUGUACUGUGAUUGUAAAAGAUAUUGCAUUUCUUCCACAUCAAGAAAGAACUACAUUAAUCAUAUCUUUUUGUAAGCUGUGUAACUAGACUCACUUGAAAUAUAAUACUUUUUUCCCUAUAUUUUUAUUUAUUACUGUAUAUUGUACAGAAUAAGAAAUAAAAUGAUGGUGUACUUUAUAAA